AUGGAGGUUUCUGUUGUACACAAAUUUAUGAUACUUCUCUGGAAGAAUUUUACUUUAAAAAAGCGGCAAUUUAUUGCUAUAGCUACAGAAAUCUUCAUUACAUUUAUACUUGGGAGCACAGUUUGGCUAGUACGGACAGCAAGUGAUAUAAGAACUUACGGACCUUUCAUUUAUGGUUCUUUCAGCCAUGACACUUUGCCUUAUAACUUUCCACGAAGCUCUUCCUUAGGAAAUUGGCAAUUGGCGUUUGUGCCUUCUACUAGUCAAGUGGUGUCGAACAUUAUUGAAAAUGUGAAAAGUGACUUACAAUAUGAUUUUGAUGUUAAAGGUUUUGCUUCAGAAAAAUCUUUUGAAAGAUAUAUUCAUGAUGAAGAAAACUAUGAAAAAGUGCUUGCUGCUAUAAUUUUUGACCAUGAGUUCAAAAAUACCAGUGAUCCCCUACCACAGGAGGUGAAAUGUUAUCUGCGCUUUAGUAGUUUUCAGAGAAAUGUGAAUAUGGGUUUCAUUCGCAUUGGAGGCUGGAAAACAGAUAGUCUUUAUCCAGAAUAUUCACAGCCAGGACCCAGACAUGCUUUGUCUUCCGAUGGAGGGUCUCCAGGAUACUUCUCUGAAGGGUUCCUGGCUGUACAACACGCUCUGGCUAACUCCAUCACUAGAUACCAUGCCUCUCAACAUCCGGAUGCUCUGUUUACAAAGACGAAGAUCAAUGUGAUUUCUCAGAGAUUUCCAUACAAAAGAUAUAACCAUGAUUAUUUCUUUGCAUAUGCUACGAUAUUUAUCCCUUUGAUAGUAUUAUUUAUCUUCUCUAUAAAUUACCUUAUCCUUGUUAAAUCCAUUGUGUGGGAAAAGCAAAAUCGAUUGAAGGAGUACCAACUUAUGAUAGGACUCAGUAAUUGGAUGCUUUGGGCUGCUUAUUUCGUUACAUUCCUGAUUGUGUACUUAAUUAACAUUAUUUUAAUUUGCAUAAUUUUCUUUUUUAAGGUUGAUCCAAAGCCAAUCUUCCUAUACAGUGAUGCAUCUCUGGUCUUUGUCUUUUUGCUAUGUUUUGCUUUUGCUACAAUAUUCUUCAGUUUCAUGAUUAGUACAUUCUUCAGUAAAGUAUAUUUUGCUGUCAGUAUUGGAGGUUUCUUUUAUAUUGCCUUCUACUUUCCAACUCCUUUAGUCACUGAAAAAUUGACAGAACUGUCAGUCUUCCAGACGCUGUUAUUCUGUCUUAGCUCAAAUGUUGCAAUGGCAGUGGGAGCCAGAUUCAUAGUAAAGUCAGAAAAAGAGGAAAUAGGAAUUAGAUGGAGCAACCUCUUUGAACCACUCAGAUCUGAGAAAUUUCAUUUUGGUUAUGUACUAGGAAUGUUGUUAUUUGAUGGUUUCUUGUAUGGCCUUGUGACCUGGUAUAUAGAAGCUGUUUUUCCAGGAGAGUAUGGCAUGCCAAAACCUUGGUACUUUUUUGUACAGCCUUCUUACUGGUGUGGAAAAAAUCCAAAGAAGUGUACACAGAGAAAAGAAUUUGAAGAUAUAGCCAAAACUCAAUUUUUUGAAGAUGAACCUACUAAUUUGACAGCAGGAAUACAAAUAAAAAAUUUGUGGAAGGAAUAUCCUAUGCGUAAUACUACCAAAAUAGCUGUAAAAAACCUAAAUUUGAAUUUAUAUGAGGGGCAGAUUACUGUUCUUCUAGGAAGCAAUGGAGCAGGAAAAUCCUCUACUCUAUCCAUUCUCUCAGGUCUUUAUCCUGCUACUUAUGGAGAAGUCUACAUUAAUGGAUAUAAUGUCUCAGAAGAGAUAGUUGAGAUCAGAAAAAGCUUGGGCUUGUGUCCACAGCAAAAUUUAUUAUUUAAUCACUUGACAGUAUCAGAACAACUUUAUUUCUAUUGUGUGUUAAAAGGAGUACCUGGAAAUAUCAGAUCUACAGAAAUUGACCAAAUGCUUACUACUUUCCACCUUCUAGAAAAGCGUAAUGUGUAUUCAAGCUUGCUAACUGGAGGAAUGAAACGCAAGGUCUCUAUAAUUAUAGCACUUAUAGGUGGUUCCAAGGUGGUAAUACUUGAUGAACCAACAUCUGGCAUGGACCCAGCCUCAAGACGGUCCACCUGGGAUCUCCUCAAUCACUAUAAACAAAAUCGCACCAUUUUACUGACGACCCAUUACAUGGACGAAGCUGAUGCCCUUGGUGACCGCAUUGCCAUCAUGGUUCAUGGAUCUUUGAAGUGUUGUGGAUCCUCCAUUUUCCUGAAAAAUAUAUAUGGUGAAGGCUACCACCUAGUCAUGGUGAAAGAAUCACACUGUAAUGUUGAAGAUAUUUGUGAUUUGAUUUAUGAUGAAAUACCAACAGCCACCUUGGAGAAUAAUACUAGAAAUGAAUUGUCUUUUAUUCUACCCAAAGAAUACAUCCAUAGAUAUGAAGAUCUUUUUACUGCUCUGGAAAAUAGAAAGGAGGAACUUGGCAUAGCUGGCUUUGGUGCCUAUAUUACUACCAUGGAAGAAGUCUUUCUUAGUGCCAAUAGAAGAGAAAAAUUAGAAAUUGUUGCCAAAGUUACGCCAUCUCAAGCUCCCUAUAUGAUGAGUCAAGUUUCAAUCAAACAUGAGAGUAGGAUUAUGUCCAGAAUUGAGAUGCCAAAUAUUUCUAGCAUGAAUGAAAGUCCUGCUACUAAGUUUAACACUGGAUGUUCUCUCUACUGUCAGCAGUUUGUGGCUAUGUUCUUCAAGAAGGUGCUGUUCAAUUGGCGCAACUGGAAACUGCUUGUGAUACAGAUGGUGGCAGUUCUGGGUUGCCCUAUCUUUCUUUUAGAGGCCGAAAGAUUAUCAAGUCAGAGUGUGGAUGUAGAUGCUAGAGAAUUGAAUCUGAAAGAGUAUGGCCAAACUAUUGUGCCUUUAAGUUUGUCUGGGAGCUUUGACUUUAAUAUAUUUAUCAAGGCAUUUGAAACAGUUCUUCAGCUCAACAACCAAAAGCUUGUAUUAGUGAAAGGCAACUUUAUGAAGUACUUGGUAGAGAAUAAAGAUUGUAUUUACACAUGCAUUACUGCAGUUGACAUAAAUGGAAAUGAUACGGCAAUACAAGUGACUUCUCUAUUCAACAAUGAUGCAAUUCAUUCACCUGCUGUUUCCCUGGGAUUGAUAGAAAAUGUCUUUUUGCUGAUGACUUCUAAUGCUUCCUUGAGACUUUUCAAUAAACCUCAGCCAUACAUUGAUAAAAAGGCAAACAAAGGAAUGACAAGUGGACUCCAUGCGACAUUAUAUAUACACUUUGGUCUGGCUCUUUUGAUGAGUGGUUUUUGUCUGCUGUCAGUAACUGAGAGACUUUCUAAUGCAAAGCACAUACAGUUUAUGACUGGGCUUUCUGUCCUUGUGUAUUGGCUUUCUUCUCUGCUGUGGGAUAUAAUAAUUUUCAUCUUUAUCUGCUGCUGGCUAAUGGUAGUGUUGAGAUACUUCCACUUGGUUGUAUAUACCAGUAAUUACCGCUUUCUAGACACAAUGUUAAUCUUUAUUAUAUAUGGUUGGUCUUCCAUUCCCUUAAUGUACUUGAUGGGCUUCCUCUAUAAUCGGACUGGCAAUGCCUAUGCCAUGCUUGCUGUAUUUAAUUACAUUUCAGGCAUUUUCACUACCCUCGUAGACCAUGUAUUUCAGAGUGAUAUUCAACGUGGCAUAUCGAAUUCCACCAAAAAUUUUAUUCUUAAAGGACUAAUAAUCUUUCCAAAUUUUAACCUUGGGAAAUGCUUGAGAAACUAUUUUGACUUCUACCACAAUAGAUUACUGUGCUCAGUAAAGCAUCCUCCUGACCAUUUAAACUGUAAAGAAUUGAGUGAGGAUUAUUUUAUUUAUUCUCUUAAAGAGAAGAUGAUUGGAAGGUAUCUCAUGAGAAUGAUUCUUACAGGCUUUAUUUGCCUUAUAUUGAUCAUCUUUUUGGAAACUACUUUGUGGAGGAUAAAAACAUUUUUCAAUCAAAAUAUUGCCUUUAGUUUAUAUAAGAUAUUCAGGCAGAAAAAUAUGUCUCAAGAAUUAUAUACAGAAACAGAAGAUGAAGAUGUACAAAAUGAAAGAAUAAAAAUUAUGACAAUGACCCCAGAAUCACUGAAUUCAACAGUACUUAUAAAAGAACUCAUAAAGAUAUAUUUUAAAUAUCCACUUGUUAUUGCUGCGAAAAAUAUCUCCCUUGAAAUUCAAAAGGGAGAGUGCUUUGGAGUGGUAGGAUACACAGGAGCUGGUAAAACUACUUUAUUUAAAAUUCUGACAGAAGAGGAGACUGUUACAUCUGGCGAUGUGUUUAUUGAUGGUUCUAACAUUACUAAAAAUACCAAAAGGGUGAAGUCAAAAGUUGGCUAUUGCCCUCAAUUUGAUGCCUUGUUGGAUUAUAUGACUGCUCGGGAAAUAUUGAUCAUGUAUGCCAGAUUGUGGGGAAUACCUGAGCAUAGUAUUAGUGAGCAUGUAACAAGAAGUUUGUGUUCUCUACAACUAGAAACCCACGCUGACAAGAUUAUAAAAACAUACAGUGGAGGGAACAAACGUAGACUGAGUACAGCUAUUGCUAUGAUGGGAAACCCUUCAGUCAUUUUGAUGGAUGAGCCAUCAACUUGUAUGGAUCCCCUUGCCCGACACCUGCUCUGGAAUGUCGUGACACAAGCACGUGAGAGCGGCAAGGUCAUUGUGAUAUCUUCCCACAGUAUGGAGGAAUGUGAUGCCAUCUGUACCAAACUGGCCAUCUUGGUACAAGGGAAGAUUGUGUGCUUGGGCAGCCCUCAGCAUCUCAAGAACAAGUUUGGCAACAUUUACAUAGUGAAGGUGAAGGUCAAGAGUGAGGCACGUGAGCAGAAAAUGAAUGAGUUUAAAAUUUUCAUUGAGACAGAAUUUCCAGGUAGUGAAUUAAAGCAGGAAACUCAAGGGAUUGUUAACUACUACAUUCCCAGCAAGGACAUUAGUUGGGGAAAGAUCUUUGGCAUUUUGGAGGAAGCUAAAGAUCAAUACCAUUUAGAAGACUAUUCUAUCAGCCAGAUGACACUGGAACAAAUAUUUCUGAUCUUUGCUGUGCCAGAGACACCUGAGGAAAAGAGAAAACUCUCUGUGUAA